AUGUCGUCGAUGAUCUUCGAGGCAAUGCUUGCAACCGAAAGACUCUACGACAAUUCAGUCGGGGUCUUUAAUGAUUGCUUGACCAGUCCAAAAGAGGAAGCUGUGAUUGCCAACGAGGAUUUUGUGCGCCACAUGCUGGAUCAGACUACCAACAAGUCAACCAAUAUCUACUCCUACGAUAGCGAUGAAGAAAAGGUCGAAAAUGAUGACCUCGAUGACCUAGUCAUGAUGAUUCAGAAACGCCAGAGAAAAGACAAUGGUGGUCAAGAAGAAGAAAAAGACGAAGAAACUCCGUCUUUGGAUGGCACCAACACCACUGCAAGCAGUGAAAAUGGAAGACUAGCAUCUCGAAUGUCAUGCAACAUGGAACAGCUGUGUGCGCAUGAGCAGUAUGGUCUCGACAUCUGUCUGUUCCUCUUUUCGCCCAACUCGCCACUACACUCCCCAGAUCGUCAGCUUUGUGAUCAUGAAGAUGAUCAUGAUCCAAACCCCGCCCAAGACGACUCGGUUGUACAAGAAAACGAUACCAAUGACAAUGACGAGAGCUGGUUCGGUAUUGAGUGUGGAAAAAUGUGUGGAGGAAUCAACCGUGCCAUUGAGGCAGACGAAAAGACUGCACAAACGGCUGCGAAUUCAGAGUCUAGCAGAGAAGAUGGUUCCACGACAAUAGAUGAUUCCUUGGGAGAAUUCACCUAUGAGUCGGUCGAAGAAGACGAUGAUGAACAACAGGAAAGAGGCAUUGUUCCACCAAAUGCCUUGGCCACAUAUCUGAUGGGUCUGAUUGCCGAGAACACGGACGAGGCGAGUGGUGGUGGUGGUGGUCAAGAACAUCAUUCCAAGAAUCUGGGCUUGUUGGAGUGCAAUGAUCGAUCCAUCCUUUCGGGAGAGAUCAAAGUGCCCUUCAAAGAGCUCCCAGAGCCAGCUGGUCGAUGUAUGACAGAGCCAAGUGAUGAUGAUUACUUGAUGCUCCUCCAAACUGACCCCAAGGGUACCUCCUUUUGCACCGAUGACGAAAUGUCCGACGUUGACGAUGCUGGUGAUGACGAGUCUGAAGACUCCGAAGAAACGGACGAGCUUUGCCCAAGAUAUCCAACCCAAGCAACAAGACAAGCACUACGAUCCUCCCUUCCCCCCUAUGUCCCUCAAGGAGAGUUUUCUCCUCGUCGCCAGUACGACUAUUCCGAGCACCACUUGGAACCAGAUGGUGCUACCAUUCUCUCUGGUGAUGAGGUUUCUUCUGCUGUAGAAAGCGAAUUUUCAAAAGGAAAUGCUCAGCAGGAGAGUAGUAAUAGCCAUACUCAUCGUGAGGCCGACAGCAAUAGCAACUUGGAAAAUGGCGGAAAGACAAUUUACGUGGAAAUUUUGACGAGCGCCGACCUGGUCCAUGAUGCUGGCAGUGUCUCGUCUUCCUUGUGGUCGCAUCGAGCCUUGUUGGACGAUGACGAUAGUAUUCUCAAUGAGGAUUCUUCCUGGGAAGACUACCGAGAACCAGAUGGCACCAAGUUUGCCGACAUUGUGAAAUACCAACAGCAAGAUAAUGAUCAUCAUGCGACAUCAUCAUCGUCAUCCUUCCCAGCAGCAGCACCAACCGUAAACGAAAUUCUCAAUGACAUCAUGUCAGACGACGACGACGGCGACGAACAAGAGCAAGAGCAAGAUACUACUAGUACGAUCGUCUUUUCGGAGCCCUUUGAUGAAACCCAAGAUAACUUUCGUUCCUCGCCUCGCCAACAAAUGCGAAGCGGGAUGAUGAACGAUGGUGCCCAUGCUACCUUUGAACUCCCACACAUCCACAACCAAGCAUACAAGCCUACUCAAAAGCCCAAGACCAGCCUGGAAAAACGUUUGAAUUUGUUGGAACGGCUCAAAGGGCUCCGCGAUUCCGACACGCACAUGCUGUGCGCCUGCGUCCAAGGAUGUGGAGACUUUGCCGAUGCCACCUUUUUUGAAGGUGCCGGGGACGAGGCCAGUCAAGAAGAAGAGGGGGGAAGCACCAUGGAGCAACUCUCCUUGGAUUAA